AUGUAUUGCAAGCUCUUUGCGUUGCUCAUCGCGACGUGCGGCGCCUUCGUGGCGCGGUCGCCCCUGCCGGCGAUCGCGCCGCGCCGCUGCGCCGCGAGAGCGGCGCCGACGGCGGCCGCGGACGUCGCCGUCGUGCUGCUCGCCGGCGGCGUCGGGAGCCGCAUGAAGGCGGACCGGCCGAAGCAGCGCCUCGCGGGCAAGCCCGUGCUCUACCACUCGCUGGACCUCUUCCUCGGCCUCGAGGGCGUGUCGUCGCUCGUGCUCGUCAUCAACGAGCAGUACCGCGGCGAGUUCGCGCCCUACGCGGCGGACGGCCGCGUGACCUUCGCGGACCCCGGCGCGGAGCGCCAGGACUCCGUGCGCAGCGGCCUCGACGCGUGCCCGGCCGACGCGGCGCUCGUCUGCAUCCACGACGCCGCGCGGCCGCUCGUCACGCCCGAGGAGAUCUUCAAGGUCAUCGGCGACGCGCGCGACCACGGCGCGGCCGUGCUCGGCGUGCCCGUCAAGGCGACGGUCAAGGAGAGCGACGACGGCGAGUUCGUGCUGCGCACGGUGGACCGGAGCCGGCUCUGGGAAGUGCACACGCCGCAGGUCAUCAAGCCCGCGCUCCUCCGCGAGGGCUUCGACAAGGUCGCCAAGGAGGGCCUCGAGGUCACGGACGACGUGAGCAUCAUCGAGCAGCUCGGCCUGCCCGUCAAGCUCACGCUCGGCGAGUACACGAACCUCAAGGUCACGACGCCCGACGACAUGGUCGUCGCGACGCAGAUCCUCGACCAGCGCGCGGCGGCCGCCGCGAACUAG